AUGAUUUGCAUAAACUGCUGCCAAGAGGUUAACUGUCUGUAUGUCAGGUAUUCCAACGAUCACAUUCGACUCACGGAUUGUCCUAAAUGCAAAGAGGUUGUCGAUCGGUAUGUGGAAAUAGACAACGUGCUUUUGUUUAUUGAUUUGUUACUACUAAAACCUGGAGCUUAUCGACAUCUGGUGUAUAACUCACUGGAGAUGGAAUUGUCGAAAUUUCCUGGAAAUCAACACAACGGUGGUUCUGCUUCCAGCCAAACUGGGAGUGACCGCUUAAUACAGUCCUUUUUGAAUCUCUUUUUCCGUUUAAGGGAGUGGUUUGUGAAAUUCGACAAGUUGAACCGUGUUUGGAUCAUCAUAACGGCAUUCGAAGUGUAUUUGACAUGGGUUUCGGAAGAACGACGUUUUCAGACGCAGACCCAGGCCCAAAGCUUAGAAGCUAGAGGCUUGCUGAUGUAUCAGCUACUUUCUCAAAGUGCAUUGGCACAAUAUCUGUAUUUUACCGUCUAUUGUGUGGCGGACUUUAUGAUUUUGCACAAUAUUGCCUACUUUCUACUUCUGAAGAUAUUUCGCUGGGGAUCCAACGUCCGCUACGCUAAAUACGUCAUCUCUUACACCAUUUUACUUUCCUACGGUGCGAAGAUAUAUCCGAUACUAAUGCUGAUCUGGCCCUAUGAUACCUUUUUUACCACAAAUGUCAUCAAAAUCGUGGCCAACAUUUACAUCAUAGAGGCUCUCAAGAUCGUCACCAAUAAAAGCUAUUUUGAAAUUAUCAUCCUCUUUUCGCUUGUCUUUUUGGUUCGAUCUCUCACUGUGAAGCCUCUGCUUGCAUUGCUUGUCACCAGAGGCGAUUUCGCUUCGUGUUUCCAAUACGCUAAGUCAGAGCUACAACUAAUGCAUUUAGAGCUGCUUCCUAGCGCCUAUUACAAUAAUCCUUAA